AUGCCUACCAGUACCUACUCUACCAAACAAAGCCCCAACUGGCCCGAUAGAACAGCAGUCCCAGUGGUGCAUCCAUCCACCCCACUGCUCAAUCAAUUCACCCUCCGGCGCCGACUCGUGUCGCUGGCGCUGGACGGACUGGAACUGGGCUAG